AUGUCCCAAGCUGUUCGCCGUGAGGAAAAUGAAUAUAUUGCAAUAUUCCAAGCGUUUCUCGAGGAACAUCACAAAGAAGAUAUCCUGAACGUUCUCAUGGCUGACGACCCGUCAAGCCAGUACUGCGUUGUUGUCAACGUAUUAGAACUGUUUGAUUCUAACAUUGAGGUCAGUCAAAAGCUUCUGGCAGAUCCGAACAAAAUGCUGCCCUUGUUUGAUGGUGCACUGGCUCAGGCAGCUGUUUCGAUUAUGCAGGAAAGUACAACUCAAAUUUCCAUGUCGUUUAAAGCGCAUUUGCACGUGAGGCUUUCCAAUCUUCCCGUCUGUCCGGAACUUCGAAGAGACAAGAUACCUAAGACGUCAGACAUCGGUCGUUUUCUUGCCAUUUCAGGUGAGUUGAAAAUAGAAACGUUGACGAAGGAAGAUGCUUCUAUCACAGCAUCGCCACCCGUGAUCUCACGGAUGGUUCUUUUGCGGAGAGAACUUCUAGAACUUUUACAACUCUUACUUCAUAUAUGGCUAAGAAACAUCUCUGAAAUCCCUCGGAAAUGUUGACGGAAGUCAAAGCCACUGCAAUCUAGGUGUACUUUCGACUUAUUGAUUGGAGGUGUAAGCAUUUUUUUUCUCACCCCACCCUCCAAGGGGUGUCCUUUAUGGUCCAGGGGUAAAGAUCUCCUCAGAUAGAGAGAGGGGGUGAAAAAGGAAUUCUUUGAUAGUGUAUCUCUGAUCCCGCAGAUGAGAGAAAUCUUGAGAAGAACUGUUCUCAGUGGUAGCAAAUGACAACAGACCUUCUCAGAGCUACUCACACCUUCAACCUCCAGUAAAUGAUUAUAGACUACACAACAAUCAAAUUUUACACCUGAGUUCAUACCAAAUUGUGUAUUAGCCCUUUAACCCCUAAGGGUGAUUGGCUUCUUAUUUCUCCAAUCAUUUUCAACCCUGAAUCACACAUUAAGGUAAGGAAAUAAAGUAAAUGAUCAUCAACCAAAGAAGUGAUGAUUGUUAAACAACUUCUCCAUAUCAGCACCUUAGGAAAUGUAUAGAGAAUGGUAUGGAGAACUUACUGGUCUUAGGGUGUAAAGGGUUAGGAGAAAUCUUUACUCUUUUAACCCAUAAAUCCUUGGAUUAACCAUUUUAAUUGUAACAAUUUAUAUUAUUUAAUUUCAGGAACUGUCAUUCGAGUAUCAACUGUAAAACUACUAGAAUAUGAGAGAGACUACAUCUGCGCUCGUUGUAAACACAUCUUUGGAGUACAAGCUGACUUUGAACAGUUUUACUCAAUUCCCAAACCAAGCAAGUGCCCUUCAUCCAAGGAAUGUAAUUCCAACAAAUUUUCUUGCCUGUCAGAUGGUGGUAAGUGGUUGUUGAGAGACUUUCCAAUUGAGUGUGCACUUGAGUGAGUGACAAAGUGGGAGGUGGGUAGGUGGUUGGGUGGGUGGGUGAUUAAGUGAAUAAGAGAGUGUAUAGGUAAGUCAACUGACCAAUGGACUGAGUGAGCAAUUUAGGCUUUGACCAACUGAUAUUUGACCAAAUAACAUGUGGCUGAUUAGUAAUUGUUGCUUGGUCACAGAUCAACUGACUGACAAGCUUUUAGAGAACUGACCACUUUAAAAGACCUUCUUUUUUCAAAAUAACCACCAAAAAAAAAGAUAUACUGUCCAUGUGAAAAAUAAUUUAUUUUGCAAGAUAGAUCAAUUUUGCAGGGAUGGACAAUUUUGAUAAAAUUUAUAAAUUAUCCAGGCUGCACAGUAUUGAAAGAAAGCUCCUAGCUCUUGUCCUUGUUAGAGUUUUGCUGAUAGUGAACCAAUUAGGUCACCUGGCAUGUGACAUAACCAGUGAAAUCUUAGUAUUGUGUCUCUCCUCACCACAUUGAGGUCAGUUUGUGGUCUCUGAUGUAAAUUGCCUUUCAAGCUCCUCUCAGAAACCAUUCAAAUUCUCAGUCUAAAAUGUCUGUCUUUGAUUUGGACAGAGUGUUUUGUCCUUUCCCUGUUGAUGUGUUAAGAUCAGGCUUGGUAAGAAGGUUCAGUGACCAGCCAACCAUGAUUUAUUGAUCACUGAAUUCACAAUGCAAUCAAAUGAGGAAUUGGCUGUCUUAAUCAUCUGUUCGAUUGGUAUUGAAGCUGAAGAUACAAAAGCCUGAGAUGUGUCUGUAAUAACAGUAGCUUCCUUUUUCUCUAAUCAUUGAUUGUACAGCCAUAUUUUUUAACCUGAGUUUCCUUGUAUUCAAAGCAUCAGAGCCAAAGAGUUGCCGCGAUUAUCAAGAAAUCAAAAUACAAGAACAAGUUCAAAAGCUUGCAGUUGGUACCAUUCCACGUUCAAUGUGGGUCAUUCUAGAAGAUGACUUGGUAGAUUGCUGUAAAGCCGGGGACGACAUCACUGUGUGUGGUGUCGUAAUGAGAAGAUGGAAACCUGUUUUUCCUGAUGUAAUGAAAAGUUAUCAUUAUUUCAAAAUUUCCUUUGAGGAUUAGUAUUUUUCUUCCUCUGCUGUUAGCAUUUCUGACUUUUUCAAUGCAGAAUUAUAGAAAAAAAGAUCUAUUGAGUCAUUAAACAAGAAUCAAGCAAUUUAGAAUGAUUAUUCAUGGAAAAACUGUGUGAAGCCAGUCAUUUCUUCUCAAGUGUUAUAAAAAAAUAAGUACAAGUACAUUAUUGUAUGCCAAGUGAAAAACUUUUCAAUGAAGACAUUGAAGCAAAACUUAUCUUCAUAUCAAAGGCUUUGUACCCACCAUUGUUGGGGAGAGAAGAAGGUUUUGGUAUCUUGUAAAUGGCUCAUUGGCGUAGGUGAGGCUUUUCCUUUACAGCAUUCUAAUCGUAUACUGAGUUUUUUUAUUUACUCUUUCAGAGCCGAUGUGAUCUUGAGGUGGUUUUUAAGGCAAAUCAUGUAUCUGUGAACAAUGAGCAGAAAGCAACAGUUUUAGUUACUGAAGAACUAAAGCGAGAGUUUGCAGAGUUUUGGGAAAGAUUUAAACAGUCUCCUCUUCAAGGAAGAAACCACAUCCUCUCAAGUUUCUGCCCUCAAGUAUAUGGCUUGUAUGCCGUCAAGCUUGCCGUUGCCUUGAUUCUGAUUGGUGGGGUUCAGAGAGUGGAUGCUUCUGGAACACGAGUUAGAGGGGAGUCACAUCUUCUGUUGGUGGGAGACCCAGGUAAUUGACAGUUCUCAUUGCUUAACAUGGAAUGCCGUAGUCAUUUGGAAAAUUUAUCAGUGUAUGGUGCCAUGAGAAAUUUGGCCUAGCUUUCCACAUUUUGGUUUUUGGGAGCAAAUAUAUUUUUCAGGCAUUUACUGUUUCAUCUUUAAAUCAUUAAAACUUGUCAUGGUUAACAUAUUUCUUUAAGGUACAGGGAAGUCCCAGUUUCUAAAGUAUGCUGCAAAGAUCAUGCCUCGUUCAGUGCUGACAACAGGAAUCGGCUCAACAAGUGCUGGGCUGACUGUGGCUGCUGUAAGGGACUCAGGAGAAUGGCAGCUGGAGGCAGGGGCACUGGUUCUUGCAGAUGGUGGUCUCUGCUGUAUUGAUGAGUUUAACAGUAUCCAGGAGCAUGAUAGAACAUGUGAGGAAUAAUUUUCUUUAUUAAAAGUGUUCUUGUCAAGUUUCCUGUGAGCACAUACUAUUAAGACCAAAAUAGGUGUUUGCCUUAAUGAGUUGGUUUUUUCCAGGUCAAGAGGUCCAGUUUUGAACUAUGCCCUGUUAGUGAGUUUUUUUAGGUGUCUGACAGGGGAGGUUUGGCUACAUUUUUCAUAAACAUGGCGCGGUUCUGUUCAUGGAAAAGCAUUGUGGGCUGUUAGAAUAUUUGGCAUAGCCUUUUUAGUUAACUGAAAUUAAAACUUACCGGUAAUUUAUAUAUGCCUGUUACAAUACCAAAUUUAUUGGUCUUGAGAUUCCAAAUUCAUACCUGUGAAACAUUCAAAAUAAUGAAAUUGUUAUGCUUCCACAGUCAGAUUAAAUUAUUUAAGUUGUGUUAUUAACUUGGUAGUUAAUUUUGCGGAUCGUUAAUGUCGCGUUUCCCGCAGUUGUAAAAACAUCGCGAAAUUAGAGACCAGCAAAUGAAAAAAUCCUCGCGAAAUUUGAUCCCCCGGUGAAAAUUCAAAUCACAGAGAAAUAUGAUCAUCAUGUUCAACAACAGCAACAUAUAUAGGAUAUGUAUCGACAAAUACACAAAUUAUGAACUGGUCUUACUUGUAAGUUCUUUCCUUUUUGGUAUCUUCUGUUGUGAAACAUCAAUAGUUUGCAAAGAUAUAUCACAUAUGUAGUAGAGAAUCAAGCUAUAAUCUUCACCUUCAUUUGAACAAAUUCCUUAGAAUAUCUUACGGACAGUCGUCAAAGGUUAAGACAUUUUGAAGAAAAAUAUGAGGUUGAGAAAGCUUGAAUCGCGAAAUUGAACACCUUUUUUUCAUAUUUGCCUCGUAAAAUCGCGAAAAUAAAUUCCUGCGAAAUACCUUCAUGCCAAAAACGCGAAAUUAAGUCUUUAGAUUUCAUAACACCCCGCACACUGUUUCUUCCCCCCUCCCACCCCUCUCUCUGGAAGGUCUUGUUUGAUCCCAUUACAAGCGAUAAACUGAUUGUCUUCCAGGUAUUCAUGAAGCCAUGGAACAGCAAACAAUAAGCGUGGCAAAAGCCGGAAUGGUGUGCAAACUGAGCACAAGAACAACAGUGUUGGCUGCCACGAACCCAAAAGGGCCUUACGAUCCGUCAGAAUCUCUUAGUGUCAACAUCGCUGUGGCCAGUCCAUUGUUGAGCAGAUUUGAUCUCUUGUUGGUCUUACAUGAUGCAAGAAAUGAAGAGUGGGAUAGGUAAAGAGGCAUUUAGAUUUGUUGUUGCUGUUGUGAGUAUGACUGGUAAUUGAGAGGGUACGGAAAGGCAGGGAAGCGAUCAGAGUUGUAAAUCCCAUUUCCCAACCCAGAUUUUCCCCAAAUCUCAUUUCUAACCUAUUUGGUGAGUUUAUGUUAGUCUCAUUGCCAUUUUUUUGUUUGUGAUUUCCAAUUUCAGUGACCAAAAUUUAAUUUUCUCCGUGAAAAAAAAAGGGAAUCGUAUCCUCCAUUUCACACCAUUGAGCCUCUAAUUUAACCAAUAAACCGCACUACUAAUUUCCAAAUCGAGCGUAAGACUUAAGAAAACGCGGCACUCACAUCGUGCAUUUUUCACAAGGUUUUCCAAUCUCAAAUGUAAAGUCAUAUAACGAUAGAAACCUUUGUUGCAAUGCUCACAAAGGGAAUUGAAAGAGGAUUCAAAUUCGGGUUGAACAUGUGUCCUAAAGGAGCUGGGCCUCGAGUUCAAAUCAGCGAAUCAGACCAAAAGUCCAAAUUUUCAAGGGUUAUCUUAACUUAAACCAUCCCUAGGUUAACUCCAUGCUAAAAAUAGAUGCUGUCCCGGCAGUUGAUUUUGUACAAUUUUGCAUUCGUUGCAAUUGCGCUCUGAAAUACAUUAUGCCGGGGUUUAAAAUUUCUAUGUCGAUAGUGCGUCAUAUACCUAGUAAAUAAUCUGGGGGUAACCCUUUAUUGGAGGGUUUCCCUUUGCGUGAUUGACUUUUGCUAUGGAAAAUGAGUUUACACCAGGACUUCUUGUUUUGUUUCAGAAUUGUAUCAUCGUUCAUUUUGGAAGGCAAGGGCCUCUCUACAACAGCCUCUUCAUCAGAACCACUUUGGAGCAUGGAAAAGAUGCAAGCUUAUUUCUGUUACGUUAAAACGCUGAAGCCUCAACUCACACCGGAAAGCAACAGGUCUGUGUUAUAAGUGCACUUGUGUAAACUUCACUCUUUACUUACCGGGCUCAGUCGUGUUGAAAGGGGGUGAGUUUCUGAAAAACUGUGGUGCUGCGUCGGUGGAGAGUAUAACAAGAAAGCUGACAUUUCGAGCGGAGGAGCCAACGCCCGAAAUAUCAGCUUCGAAACUCUUUACGGGGACCAAUUUACAUUAUCAACUCAGCUGAUAACACCAAAAUUAUCUAAGUCGUUGAGACGCGAUGGGCUAUUGUUACCGGGAAAGGAUUCCGCAUUUAGAGAUUUAGGGUCGAACCCUGGCCGGGUACUAAGCAUUUUCCGGUAUGCGCAAAGCCUUUUUCGAAAACGAAGGUAAGUGCAAAGCUUUUGUUUUGCAAGGACAACUCAUUAUCAUAAGGUUUUGAGCCUAAAGUUUUUGCGAUUUUGCGCCUGAAGUCGUAAAUGGCCGAUUAUUUGGUGUUUUUCGGCAAGAAACUUCAUCCUCACGGUGUUACUAUCGCCACUAUCCACCCAGGCGUACAAAUAGAUAACAGGAGGCGUCCAGGGCGACAAACCUCGCGGGGAAAGGGGGAGGUAACAAUACUCCAAGUCGAGAGAGAAACAAACGAAUUCUCCUUCACCGCAAAUUGAAAUAUUUCAACCGUCCCAGACAAUAGGCUGAAAGGCAGUUAGCAAAAGUUUGAUUUAUGUCCAAUCCAAGUUCAAGAUGGGGUUCUUAAUCUCUUUUUUUUAUGAACUCGAACUGGAAAGUGCUGUGGUGAUACUGGUAAUGCCUAUCAGCAAGUUUUUUACCGAGACAAACUCGUCAGACUAAAGUUUUUACCUGGUAACUGGAUGCUUCUUAUUUGAGAAUCGUCCCUUUUCUGUACAUAGGCUCUCAAAUAGAUUGGAUUAUUAAAUGUGUAUUCAAUUUGCUUGCAGAAUCUUGAGCCGUUAUUAUCACUGUCAGCGGCAGGCAGACCUUCGCAAUGCAGCACGGACCACCAUCAGGUUACUGGAAAGCCUUAUAAGGCUAGCACAGGCGCAUGCGCGCUUGAUGUGCCGUGAAUUCGUUACUGUUCAGGACGCCAUCACCGCUGUCACUUGCGUAGAGUGCUCUAUGCAAAAUAGUGCCUUAUUAGGCAGUAUGAACGCUUUACAUACCAAAUUCCCGGAUGACCCUCAAGAAGAGUACUCGCGCCAGGCUAAACUCGUCCUGAAGCGAUUGCAGCUUGAUGAUAUGGUGGCAGCUAUUGAUCAAGCACAGACAACUGGAGCCGGGAACAAUUCUUACGUUAGCGGAAACGACGUUGAAAAUAAUAAUCAGGAUGCGCAUGUCGAUUCGCGCGCCAAUGACAAGGAUAAAAAGAACAGUUCUUCCAGUGAUGAAGAAAACUAUAAACUCACCAAUGACAGCAAUGUCUCUAAAGAUUUCGCCGAGUUAUAUUCUCCCGACCAAUUAACAGGAGUCUUUCCAAUCGCAUCUUCGAAUGUUGGAAUGGAUACUCUCACGGACAGUGUUUCAGAUAAAGUGUCUGUUUGUGAAAAAUCCGUACGAAGCGAAGAGACAACCAACAUAAACAAUUCAAACGAGAAGACCUCCUUAAGAAACCCUUCAGCUUUGAGAACAGUUUUAAACAGCAAUGAAAAUGUCAAUUUUGCAAGUAGUGCUAACGGUUCACGUAUAUCCUCGGUCUCGUUGGAAAAAAGCAAAAACAUAAUUCAAAUGUUUUCAAAGAAACCGGUUAUUGAAGCUACGACAACUGUUACGCGAAAUAGCAGCGGAGCCCCUCAGAAAGAGAACUGCAAUAUUUUUACGACAGAGGAACUCGAUGACGCAGAUCUUGAGGUAGAAUGGCCCACUGAUGUUAUCUCUUCAUGUGCGAAAGAAGGGAACGGUAAUUCAAGAAACGUCUUAAGAGUGACAAACAAGACGUACAAAUAA